CAGUUCCGUACAGCUCAUGUAGCCGCCAACACGGCACCCCCCCUGGCCCUCCGGCAUACCCCUCCACACCUGUCACAACGGAUCCUACGUUGACGACCACUCUGAUCCGAGUCACGACCACGUCGAACAUAGUCUCCGUGGCAAAUCAUCCCAUCUUCACACUGCACAUGUCCAGAGCACUUCUCCAUUAUACAGCGACAACGACAUCUGCCCGUCGCCCUGUGCUUUCAACGGGUCACUUCUAGCUUUAGCUCAGCGCCGACACCUUGCUCGGUCGCCGCCCACUCUUCAGUGUUAUCUGGCGACGACGAACGGCCCCGUCUUUCUACUACUCUGUUCCUACAACCAUCCCUGGACAUUCGAGCGUCCGCAAGAAGCCCUUAGACCGCAUCAAGACACCGCAAGAAAUCGGCAAGCAGGCAGGCGUACCCUUUUCUUAUCCGGCGCAGAGUAGCACCAGGCAGCAUCAACAUGGCUGCGAGUCUCGGUAGGAAAAGGCUGGGUAAGGAGCUCACAAAGAUCAAGAACAGUCUGCCGCCUGGGAUCAGCCUUGUUGAAGCCGAGAAUCUGGAGGAAUGGCUGCUCGACAUAGUAGUGCUGGACCAGAACCCGCUAUACCUCAACCAAGUCUACCGGUUAAAGUUCCGCUUCGGCGAAAGAUAUCCGAUCGAGCCUCCAGAAGUCACCUUCCAAAAACAAGACGAGCCGAGCCGAACAGUGCCUAUACAUCCUCACAUAUAUUCAAAUGGCAUCAUAUGUCUCGAUCUACUUGGUGAUCAGGGCUGGAGCCCGGUACAGAACGUCGAGAGCGUCUGCAUGAGCAUACAGAGCAUGUUGACAGGCAACACCAAGAAUGAAAGACCACCGGACGACGAGCAAUUCACAGCACGGAACAAACAGCGGCCACGCGACAUCAAUUUCUACUAUCACGAUAACGAUGUGUGAUCUGGAAAGCAUUUGAUGCAGUCGGGCGCGCGGCUCUGCAUGGUCCAUAGUUGGGCCCGAGGCUGUGCGAGGGCAUUGGCAUAGGACAGUCCAGGACACAACUCGAAUACGACUCAACAGCUCGGAAGCAUUCUCGCAUAUCUGGAAUGCAUUUAUUUUUGUUCUGUGCACUGGACGCUGGGCGUUGUAGAGGUGGCGGAGGAGGGAUCACAAAGUCCUGGGUGGACAUCGCUCUUAGAACAUGAAGUGGGCACCGAUUGAUGAUAGCGAUGGCUUCUGCAGCAUCGCAGUAUGCAAGCCAAGGCAGUUCCUUGUGCUACAGAGCACGGAUAGUUAUGAAAAACUGCCAGUCUGCCCAAACUCGACGUUUUCCCGAUUUUGUUGACUGUAAAUCCUCGACACUUGAAAGUGAUGCAAUUUCA